AUGCCAGUGGAUGUUCUGAAGGACGGGAGUGAUGUGAUCACAGGAACGGGUGUGUUUCGGCAGCAGAGAAGAUUGAGCAGGAUUUUAAUCUUAUGUUUGGUGACGCCACCUCUGCAAAGUUCCUGGAGAAGUGGCCCACUGUCUACAAGCAGAAAGUCCUUGAACAAAAGCCGUGGCCUCACACAGACAGGGGAACUUCAAGACCUGGUUCAAAAUGCCGAGUCCACAACAGAAGUGGAAAAUGGAUGGGACAGUGACAUGUCAUCCAUUUUGGUUCUUGUCCACCUUUUGCCACUGUCACCUCAUGGCUGCAAGCGACCAGGAAAGCUCUCAGCCAAACAAGCCAGUGACCAUCUUGUGAAGUUCAUCAAGACUGGGACCAGUGUCCAAGGGCAUCUGGACAGCAUCAUGGAACGUCUUCAACCCUAUCUGCUUGCUGUGGGGACCAAGAGGAGUGUAAUUCACACUUACUUCAUUGUGAUUGACAAACAUGCAAUACCAUGUAAGUCACCAGACUCUCUUGCCUGUUUUGAUGAGCUUUUCAAAGCUCAUUUUGUCUUUGGUACCUCGUACAACCCAGAUCUAGCAAAUGUGUACAACUUUUUGCAAACCACCAUUUAUGAAAUAGAUGUUGAUUCCACUAAGGUGAAUCCUAGGGUUGCAGAGGUGAGGGCUCGGAUGCUGCGCUGAGUCAAACCUAAGAUGUUGUGUUUCAUUUGCAAAAGCCACCAGGCAAAUGCUAAUUCCCUAACAAAGCACUUAAAAUUGAUCCAUGGACUUUGUUCAGGAAAGUCACUUCGUCUGAAAUGCUGCCAGGCUGGUUGUUCACAAGUUUAUGCCACUUUUUCUGGGUAUAGAAAGCAUCUCAAUAAAGCACAUGAACCUUGUUCUGAUCCUGGUGAAGGCCCCUCUACAACUGAAGAUUUAGCAGCACGUCAUUUUGAGGACUUGCCAUUAAGAAGUUCCCCUUCUGACUCAGUCCUUCUCAGUAAGAGUCUUGUAGACAGCUGCGCUACAACAGUAGCUGAACUUAAAGUGGCAGGUGUAGGCGAAACAACCAUUAACUCUUUGGUAAUUUCCAUGGAAGAGUGUUGAUGAUAUCCAUAAUCAAGCAAAAGAAUCUCUGAAGGAGUGACUGUCUUUACAGGAGCCUAUCAAAAGUGACAUUGAGUGUAAAAUUGAUCAGUGUUUUGAAAAAAUGGAAAACCCUUUUGGUGUAUUAAAUUCUGAAACAAAGAGAAGGCAGUAUUUUGCAGAGAAGUGGGGAAGGGUAGACCCAGUUGAAUACGUUCUUGGCACAAGAUUUGAUACACUGCGCAAUCGGACUACUGAUACCUAUGAUCAGGUUGUUGUUAUUGAUUAAUUUGUUUAUAUCCCAAUUUUGAAAACAUUACAGUUUAUUUACAACCACCCUAAUAUAAAAGAGAUGAUGCAGACUGAUUUUAGUUCAAGAGAAAAUCUUCUUAAUGGCUUGUGCAAUGGAGAUCUUUUCAAGAAUCAUGCUCUAUUUUCAAAACAGAAGCAUGCAAUUCAGAUUCAGCUUUUCUAUGAUGAUUUUGAAACUGCAAAUCCUUUAGGAUCAAAACGGGGAAUACACAAAUUGGGAGCAAUCUAUUUCACCUUGAGAAAUUUUUCUCCAAAGUACAACUCAAUUCUGAAUAAUAUUCAUUUGGUCGCUUUAUUUCAUGCUCAAGACAUUAAAACAUAUGGCUUUUCUAAAAUACUUGAUCCAAUUGUGCAGGAUAUUAAAAUAUUGGAGAAGGAUGGAAUAAGGGUUCCCUUGUAUGAUCAGCCAGUGUAUGGAACUAUUGUUCAAGUUACAGGUGACAACCUUGGUCUUCACUGUUUAUUUGGUUUUGUCGAGUCUU